AAAACAAAUAGUAGUACUUCAUCUCUCUCUCUCUCUCUCUCUCUCAUAAAACCCAAUACACCCUCCCUGCCAUUUCCAACUUCCACCACCCAACUAUGCCUAAACAGGGACUCCAAUCCCUUCUUGUCUUCUCUCUCUACAUUUCCUCCUUCACCCUCUCCACCACCCUCUCCACCAGCACCACCAAUCUCCCUCAACAAUUCAAAGAAGCCCCAGAAUUCUACAAUUCCCCAAACUGCCCCUCCAUCAUCAAUAACCAUGAUAUUGAAACAGAGGACGACGACAACAAUAAUGACGACGAUAUAAUCAGCAUAUGCUCCGAGGAGGCCGUCCACGUGGCAAUGACCCUCGACGCCACCUACCUCCGGGGCUCCAUGGCCGCGAUCCUCUCCGUCCUCCACCAUUCCUUCUGCCCACAAAACAAAAUCUUCCACUUCAUCACCUCAGCCGCCUCCUCUGCCUCGGCCUCCGCCAACGCGUCCUCGCUCUUGCGCGCCACCGUAUCCGCCUCCUUCCCUUACCUAAAAUUCCAAAUCUACCCCUUCUCCGACUCCGUAGUCACCGGACUCAUCUCCACCUCCAUCCGCUCCGCCCUCGACUGCCCACUCAACUACGCCCGCAGCUACUUGGCAAAUAUUCUCCCUCUGUGCGUCCGGAAAGUGGUGUAUUUGGACUCCGAUGUUGUGCUUGUUGACGACAUUGCGAAGCUCGCCGCCACCCCUCUCGGCGGCGACGCUGUGUUGGCUGCGCCGGAGUACUGUGGGGCGAACUUCACCGCAUAUUUUACUCCGGCUUUUUGGUCGAACCCCUCUUUGUCUCUCACGUUUGCAAACCGUAAACCAUGUUAUUUCAAUACGGGAGUAAUGGUGAUCGAUCUCGACCGCUGGCGAGCCGGUGACUACACGACCAAGAUAGAAGAGUGGAUGGAGCUUCAAAAACGAAUGAGAAUCUACGACCUCGGAUCCUUGCCACCCUUUCUGCUCGUGUUCGCCGGAAACAUAGUUCCGGUGGAUCACAGGUGGAACCAGCACGGCCUCGGCGGCGACAACUUCCGGGGACUUUGCCGGAAUUUACAUCCGGGUCCGGUGAGUCUCUUGCAUUGGAGCGGGAAGGGGAAGCCGUGGGCCCGGCUCGACGCCAGCCGGCCCUGCCCGUUGGAUGCUUUGUGGGCACCUUAUGAUUUGUUAAAGCCCCCAUUUUCUUUUGAUUCUUGAGAGACGAAAAAAUGUCCAUAUUAAGUGAGAUUUUGAUUCAGAAAUCGUAAAUAUAAAAACGCUGUACAAUCGCAAUUUGUAUACACCGACUCUUCUAAGAAAAAUAAUGGCGCUGAUUGGUUUGGGUUUUAAGAACAAUGAGUCGAGAGAGAUGAAUUAAAAAAAUUUACUAAAGACCAUGCCUAAAGUAAAAAGCACUCUUAAAAGAAAAAAAAAAAAACUAAUUUGACGAAAAAAUGAGCCUAUGCUAAAGAAAAGGUGUCGGUUUUACAUGUUUUGUAUCUCGAUUUUGUAAUCUUCUUUUUUUGUCAUAGUGAAAUCUCUCUCCUCUGUGAUGUAUGUAUUGAGGCCGAAUCACGUAAA